AUGGUUAGUUUAUUCAGAAAAAAAGGAUGUGUGUUUUGUGGACCUUGUCUUUUAUUUGAUAGAGAUAAUUAUUCACAAUUUUCAAAAGAUGGUUUUAAUGAUUGGAAAAAUGCAGAAAGUAGAGUAAGCCAACAUGAAAAUUCCACCAAACAUAAAUCGAAUUUGAUUACUUUAAAAGAAAGAGCAAAUACAUUAGGAACAAUAAACGUUAGUUUAACAAAACAGUUAGAUGAACAUAUUAAUUAUUGGGAAAAUGUAUUGAGACGGGUAGUUGCUACAGUUAAAGCUUUAUCAUCCAGAGGUCUUCCCCUUAGAGGUCACAACGAAAAAUUUGGGUCAACUCAGAAUGGUAAUUAUUUAAUGGCUAUGGAACUUAUCUCUGAGUUUGAUCCAUUUCUUGCUGAACACAUUGGUAAAUUUGGCCAGUGCGGUAGUGGUCACACGAAUUAUUUAUCGUCUACCAUAUACGAAGAAAUUAUUCAGUUAAUGGCUGAUAAAAUCAGGCAAAAAAUUAUUGACGAAAUAAAAACAGUUAAGUAUUAUUCGAUAAUAGUAGAUAGUAGUCCCGAUAUUUCACAUGUAGACCAACUAUCCUUCGUUAUUCGUUAUGUUCAAGAAAACGGCGUGCCAAUAGAACGAUUUCUUCAAUUUCUUCCAAACACUGGUCAUAAAGCUAUUGAGUUAUUUGAUUCAGUUACAAAGCUUCUUAAUUCUUACGAAAUAGAAAUAGAAAAUUGCCGAGGUCAGUCCUAUGACAAUGCCCGAAACAUGUCAGGAAUAUAUUCAGGACUACAGGCAAGGAUUAAAGAGUUAAAUCCUUUAAUUGAAUAUGUACCUUGUUCCGCCCACUCGCUGAAUUUAGUAGGAUCUUGUGCAGCUGAUAGUUGA